AUGACCAAGCUUCCGAACGACCACGCAAUUCUGGUCCGACUAGCGGCCCUGGUCGAGCUUGCAUCGGACGAUAAGGAGUGGUUCGGCGUCGCGGAGCAGGCGAUAUCGGCUAUAUACGCACUAGCAAAGUUCCCGGACCAGCUAUGCACUGACAUCAUCCGCCGCAAGACCAAGAGCGUGUUUGCAGCUCAGGGUCCAGCAAUCCCCGGUAGCAGCAGAGAGGGGAGUGCGGCUCCGCCAGAGACUCCGAGGAGUGGGGUGGAUGCUGACGGAGAUGAGGAUAUGAUGGAUGCGGGCGAUGUGGACAUGGAGGAUGCAAUGCCGGCGCCUCCUCCUCCUCCUCCUCCGUUGCCUGCUGGACACGAAGACGCGGAGGGCAGGGAGAAGAAGGGUAAGGCGUUUGCCUUGAGCCAAUUGUUGUUCAUUGUGGGACAUGUCGCGGUAAAGCAAAUCGUGCACUUGGAGAUCAUGGAGCUGGACUUCAAGAAAAGGAAAAGUGACAGCGAGAAAAACAAAGAUGCAAAUCCUACGCCGAAAAAGAAGGACGGCGACGAGAAAGACGAGCUCGAUUUGAUCGGCGGUACCUCAGAGGACGAUUUCACCGAGGCUAUGGCUAUCAUCCGAGAGAGAGAGCUGCUGUAUGGGCAGAACUCAUUACUCUCAAACUUCGGCCCAUUGGUUGCUGAGAUUUGCGCAAAUAAUCUUAUCUACAAGGACCGAAACCUACAAGCACAGAGCACACUAUGCAUGGCCAAAUUGAUGUGUGUAUCCGCUGAAUAUUGUGAGACUAAUCUUCCACUCCUAAUCACGAUAAUGGAGCGCUCCGCCGACCCCAUCACGCGCAGCAAUGCCGUGAUUGCGCUAGGCGACAUGGCCGUGUGUUUCAACCACCUCAUUGAUGAAAACACCGAUUUCUUAUAUCGACGUCUUAAUGACCCCGAUGCCUCCGUGAAGCGGACCUGUCUCAUGACGUUAACCUUCCUGAUUCUGGCUGGACAAGUCAAAGUCAAGGGCCAGCUCGGAGAAAUGGCCAAAUGUCUCGAGGACUCCGACAAGCGCAUCGCUGACCUCUCGCGGAUGUUCUUCACUGAGCUGGCAACAAAGGACAACGCCGUCUACAACCACUUUGUGGACAUGUUCUCCCUACUGAGCGCCGAGAGGGAGCUCGAGGAGGACGCGUUGAGGAGGAUCGUCAAGUUUUUGGCUAGUUUUGUGGAGAAGGAUAAGCAUGCCAAGCAGCUUGCGGAGAAGCUUGCGGCCCGACUGGGCAGAUGUGAGACGGAAAGGCAGUGGAACGAUGUGGCGUACGCCUUGAGCCUGCUGCAGCACAAGAACGAAGAGAUUCAGAAGACGAUUGCCGCUGGAUUUAGAGUUGUGCACGCUACUGCCUAG